UGUUAUUUUCCUUUAUGCGAUUGGUGCAGGGGAGAAACAGAGACCUCUUGAGAAGGACGCGGGUGAGAAGACUAUUGCAUGGCUGGACAGGUUGAGAAACUCAAACGGUUCGCUUCCUACUUCAACUAUUAGAUUGAACAUGCAGAGAAUUAUGCAGAACAACGCAGCUGUCUUCCGCACACAAGAAACAUUGGAAGAAGGUUGUCAGUUGAUCGACAAGGCGUGGGAAAGUUUUGGGGACGUCCAGGUGAAAGAUCGGAGCUUGAUAUGGAACUCUGAUUUGAUAGAGACAUUGGAACUGGAGAACCUCUUGAUAAACGCAUCCAUAACAAUGCAUUCAGCGGAAGCAAGAAAGGAAAGCAGAGGAGCACAUGCCCGGGAAGAUUUCACGAAAAGAGAGGAUGGAGAAUGGAUGAAGCAUACGUUGGGAUAUUGGGAAGAUGAGAAAGUGAGAUUGGAUUAUAGGCCUGUUCACAUGGACACUCUCGACGAUGAGAUUGACACUUUCCCUCCUAAAGCUCGUGUCUAUUGAUUGAGCAAGGCCAUGCUUUUAUAUUUUGUCUGUCGACGGAAAUAAAAUAAUCAGGAACCAAGAAAAAGGGAAUUAGAAGAAGACAAAGGAGUUUGCUAUUUAUGAGCUAAUGGAACACAAAGGAGUGUUCUGGAACUGGAUUUUACGUUUUUGCACCAGAAACGAUGAAAUAAAUUGAUUUUAUAAAGAACCUACGUUUAGUUCCUGAAACUGUUACAUUCUUUGUUACUUGUUAUUAUUAAGCCUUGGUGAUGUUCUUUGUUUUAUUU